GAAUUGCACUUUCGGCAUGGCUAAUUUACCGAAAGUAUUACGACAAACCAAACCAUUUUUAGCUACUCGCCCCGAACUAUUCACUCAGCAAAUAAUUUUAUCAGACGGAGCUACUUAUACAAUGCGUACAACUUCUCCAAAAUUUCUAAUUAAAUUAAUUAAAGAUACCCGCAAUCAUCCUCUUUGGAAUCCUACGACACAAUAUGAUUCUCUAGAUGAUGAAAGUGGUCAAUUGUCGAAAUUUACUAAAAAGUUUGGAAACGAAGAAUAUGAUUUGGAUUUUAUGUCAAUAGAUGAGCCUAUACCUAUGAAUUCUAAUGAAGGUUUAGUUGAAAAAAAUGAAAAAAAAAUGAUGUCACGUUGGGUGACAUUAUAUCAAUUAUAUCACGUAACG